AGCUGCCUGCCUGCCUUGCGCCCACCCUCCCUCCUGCCCUCCCUUCCUCUCGGCUCCGCUGCCUGCUCGGGUCCGCUCCCGACUGACCACCCUCUACAAUGAAUGACAUCUACAAAGCAGCGGUAGAGCAACUGGAAGAUGAACAGAAAAAUGAAUUCCGAGCGGCCUUUGACAUCUUCGUGCAGGAUGCGGAGGACGGCUGCAUCAGCACGAAGGAGCUGGGGAAGGUGAUGAGGAUGCUGGGACAGAACCCCACGCCUGAGGAGCUCCAGGAGAUGAUUGACGAGGUGGACGAAGAUGGCAGUGGGACGGUGGACUUUGACGAGUUCCUGGUCAUGAUGGUGAGAUGUAUGAAGGACGACAGCAAAGGGAAGUCCGAAGAGGAGCUGGCCGAACUCUUCCGAAUGUUUGAUAAGAAUGAGGAUGGCUACAUUGACCUUGAUGAACUGAAGCUCAUGCUGGAGUCAACAGGGGAAACUAUCACAGAGGAUGACAUUGAGGAGCUCAUGAAGGAUGGAGACACAAACAAUGAUGGAAGAAUUGACUAUGAUGAAUUCUUGGAGUUUAUGAAAGGGGUGGAGUGACCAUGACGAUCUACGACAAUACACCGUGACCUUGAUAACCACAAAUUCCUCUCACAGUUCAUCAAGAACAGAGACCACCCAAAUCAACCUCCUUUUAUAGAACAUUGUGGAAAUUAUUCUGACUUUUGACUUCCAAAGGACUGUUAAAGUACUAUAAACACAACUUGUGCCUUGUUGAAGUCCAUAUUACCAUAUGUGUAUGUAAUAAGAGCUAACUUUUUAAUCUGAGAGAUCUGUAGAAUGUUAAUGUUCAAUUUACCCUCUAUGCAGACAAAGAAUUAGGCAUGGUGCUUUAAUCUUUCAUCUCGACAAGAUAUCAUCACUGACCUGAUUAAAAAUUUAAAACCUAAUCUUCAAAGUU